AUGGAUGCAAGAAGUGCAGACUCUAGGUUGAGGGCAGGCGCUCUAGCAGGCACUACCGUCGACCUCUCCCUUUACCCUCUCGACACAAUCAAGACUCGCCUUCAAUCCUCUCAAGGUUUCCUGCGCGCAGGUGGCUUUCGCGGUGUUUAUGCUGGCGUCGGCUCCGCAAUCGUCGGCUCCGCACCCGGAGCAGCGCUAUUCUUUGUGAGCUAUGAGGGCGUGAAGGAUGGUUUGCGGAAAUUGAGAAAUGGCACGAAUGGGUCGCCAUUGGAUGAAAGGAGUAUCAAAAGGGAUGGGGGGCAAGCCAUUGCACGAAGUGAACCAGUUGAGCAUAUGAUAGCCGCAAGCAUUGGAGAAAUCGCUGCAUGCGCCGUCAGAGUGCCGACUGAGGUUGUGAAGCAAAGGGCACAAGCACUGCAGGGUCAUGGCUCGCUUGAGGUGCUGAGGAAGAUUCUGGAGCAGAGAAAUCAGAUUGGUGUCGCUGGGGUGCGGAGAGAAAUGUAUAGAGGAUGGUCCAUUACCAUCAUGCGUGAGGUUCCCUUCACAAUCAUACAAUUUCCGAUUUGGGAAGCGUUGAAGGGCUAUCGGAAGAAAUCUAAGGCCUCGGAUACAAUUUCAGCGAUUGAAAGCGGGUUGUUUGGGAGUAUUGCUGGUGCUAUUGCGGCAGGGCUGACGACCCCGUUGGAUGUACUGAAGACCAGAAUGAUGCUGGCAAGGGAAAAGCAAAGCAUGGUGAGUAUGGUGAGGCAAAUCUUACGCGACGAUGGCCCAAGAGCCCUUAUCAGCGGAUUGGGACCGAGAAUCAUGUGGAUCAGUGCUGGUGGUGCUGUUUUCUUGGGUAGCUAUCAGUGGGCUUACAACCAGCUUCAAGAGAAAACCAAUGUUUGA